AUGACGAUUCCUCUCUUAAAACUCUUCCUUCUAUUUUCUCUCUUCGCAAUUUCCUUCUCCCACGAACCUCAAAACCUCCACGUCUUCCCGAGACCGUUGAUUGUAGAAUACUCCGAACUCGACGACGACGUGAAGCUGAGAUGCACCAGUUGGAGAUUCGCCGGCGAAGCGAAUAAUCUGAGUCCGUGGAAAACGGUGCCGAAAGAAUGUGCGGAACAAGUGAAGGAGUACAUGACGGGAAAAGGAUAUGUUUAUGACCUGGAAAUUGCGUCUAAGGAAGCUGGUGAAUUUGCUAGGAGUGUUCAACUACAAGAUGAUGGAUUCGAUGCGUGGGUUUUCGAUAUUGAUGAAACUUUGCUCUCUAAUUUGCCUUAUUAUGCUGCACAUGGUUACGGGUUGGAGGUUUUUGACCAUAAAAAGUUUGAUGAUUGGGUAGAGAAGGGGGUAGCCCCAGCCUUAGAACCCAGUUUAAAACUCUAUGAAGAUGUUUUGAAUAUGGGGUAUAAGGUCAUUCUACUUACAGGGCGGAGUGAACUACAUAGGGAUGUUACCGUUGAUAAUUUGAUAAAUGCUGGAUUUCGGGAUUGGCACCAGCUCAUAUUAAGAUCCUCAGAUGAUAAAGGGAAACUAGCUGUAGUUUACAAAUCAGAUAAGAGGAAUGAGAUGGAGAAAGACGGAUACAGGAUUCUUGGAAAUUCUGGUGAUCAGUGGAGUGAUUUAUUAGGUUCUUCAGUAUCUGUUAGGUCCUUCAAACUUCCAAAUCCAAUGUAUUACAUUGCUUAG